AUGAAAGGGAUUCUCCAGCAAUGCGAAUCUGAAGACAGAACUGCCAUGGGACUUUACGAGUUUACCGACGGCAUGAAGGCUCAUCCAGUAAAGGAGUCCAAUAAAAAAUGGACAAAGGAGAGCAUUAAGACUGCAUGUGAACUUUUCUUUGAGCAUGAAGAACUGAUCGUAGACGACUGUUCUGAACCCGACCUGCUGCACUCCGUUUGGGAAUUCACGUACAACCUUUAUCAACAAAAAGGCAUCAAGACGAAACUGGGUGAAAGGGUCAGCAAGGCUGUCUCUUCUACAAAGAACGCUGAUGGUGCAAUCAAAGCUAUUGACAGAAACCAAGAAAAGCCAUGGUUGCAAAGAUUGAUAUUCUAUUCAAGGCUGGUAUUCAUGAGCUUGGAUCAUGCGAAGUUGGCAAGCAUGAUGUUGAGGAAACACCAAACAAAUAUAUCAACGAUAGUUUCCUGA